UAUGUCAGAAAGCUAGUAUACCGUAAUUUAAUAUAAUUUAUAUAAUAUUUCGUAUUUGUAUAAUACUAUAAUGAUAUCCGAUAAGCUUAUAAAAUAAAUGAGUUUGUGAUAAAAUUAUCUUAAAACUUACAAAGUUAUUUAAUUUUCAAUCUCUUCAUUCCCACUUAUUAUUACGAAAUAAGAAUUAAUAGCUCAGUGUUCGGGUGUUCCUAUAAAAAGAAGUGCGUUGUUUGAAAUAGAUAGUAGAUAAUAAUAUUACAGGCUCGAUACAAAAUAUUACAAUUCAGACGUCUAUAAACCGCAGUAGGUCACAUUUGAGGCGAUCACAUUGAUCUUAUUAACGGACGGCAGACAGGAUCAGUUCGGGUUUCAUUUGGCAACCAGUCCAGCGAAUCAGACGCUGAUAGACUUUACGAAUACGCUUGUCGAACAAUUUUGGCAGAAAAAUCAGUUCAAACUCGUGGACCACUGCAACACAACACAGUCGACGAGUACAAUAGAAUGGAUUUGCACGUGUCAAGGCUUUUCGUUUUCCCGAUCAAGUCAUGCGGAGCUUAUGAAACGGAUGAAUGGCAAUUGGAAUCGUACGGGUUUCAAUACGACCGAAACUGGGCGGUGGUCAGCACGUCGGAAGUGUGUAUUACGCAAACAGAAGAUCCGAAACUCUGUCUUAUCAAGCCUUAUAUAGAUUUGCAAAAAGGAACCAUGACCCUCGUUUACGCCGAAAACGAAGAUGAAGUUCCGAUGGUAGUUCCACUGGACACAAAACACAGUGACACCAUGAGAAUGGGAAAAAUAUGUUGGGGUGGACAUUUGGAAGGAAUGGACUGUGGCGACGAAGUGGCCGAAUGGCUCAGUUGGAACCUCGAUCAGCCUGGGUUAAGACUCGUUAGGUGCACUAGCCGCACUAUAGCACCUAAGAGCUAUGAAAGGAUAGAUCCAAAGGUAAUUGCUUCCAAUCGAUGUCAGUAUCUAUUGUCCACACAAUCAACGCUCAAGUGGUUACAGCAAGAAAUGGAAAACGAGAUAGCGGAAAUAGAUGAAGAUAAUUUGUUAUAUCGAUUCCGAGGUAACUUCUUGAUUUCUGGCGACAGUCUACCACCCUUUGGCGAAUUAACUUGGCAGGAGUUGGACAUUGGAGGUGUCAAAUUUCAAUUCGUUGAGGGUUGCGAAAGGUGCAAAAUGGUGAAUAUCGAUCAGGAUACAUCGGAGAGCAUUUAUAAGCCACUGUCCAUAUUGGGCAAACACAAGAAAGAAGGCAAACUCAUUUUCGGAAUCUAUAUGAAAAGCGAAGAUGCUCAAAAAUGUAAAAUACGAGUGGGCCAAAAAUGCACUGUCAUCAAGACAAGAAAAUUGAAUUUUUAGGAUAAAAAUAUAAAAUAAUGUAAUUUCCGUUUUAACUUAAAAUGAACCAAAUUAUAACACAACAAGCUUGUAUGUCAUAAUAAGGGAAUAUAAAUCAUGUUUCUUUUUAAUUAUCAAUUAUUAUAAAUUGUAUUAUUAUUUAUAAUUAAUAUUGUUUAUUGUUAUUAAUGUUGCGAUUAAAAAUAUUGUCAUGA